CCCAGUUAAGGGAAAGGACCUUGCGCGAGACCACUCCCUCGGCCUCACAAAGCUCACAUCUCGCAGGGAAGGUUGAUGGUGUGCGCUCAGUGGGAAGGGAGAACUGAACUCUGCGCGUGCUCAGAGAGGCACCCGCUACUCCAACAAGGAUCACUUCGACAACAGUAGAGAUCCAAGACCCGGCCCAAAUAAAAUCCCUGGCUUGGAGGGGAAAGUUUCGACAGGCGAAGCCCAAGGAAACAAGGGAGGCCGGGCGUCUGAGCGCACAACGCCCGCUUCGAUUUCGCGCCGUUCCAGCCCUGUUCGAGGAGGUGGCAGUCAGACCCCCUCGGAGAGUUUCUGGCAGGAGGGAAAAGGGAAGCCGAUUGCCGAGCGCUGACUCACCGGCUCUGCCUUUAUGGGCACCGGUGCAGUGUCGGCGCCGAGAGGGACAAUGGCCCCCUCGGGCCUCAGGGACAAUGCGGGCAGCGGAGAGAGAGCUGGCGCCGGCGCGCCAAGGCACCGAAGCAAGUCACGAAUUUGAGGAGGGAGACAGGGGUGCAAGAAGAGAUCCAUCCAGAAGGGCCUCUCGUUCCUGGAAAGACGGAGCCGGUCUGCUUUCCUGCACCAAGGCUGAAGCAUUUUUAAUCGGGACGAGCAAAGGCAGCUGGCUCCCCUCCGCGCAGAUGGAUUUCAUCGCCGGAGCCAUUGGAGGUGGUGUUAGUGCUGCAGUCGGAUAUCCAUUGGACACAAUCAAGGUGAGGAUUCAGACUCAGACAAGUUAUCGUGGAAUAUGGCACUGUAUCAGAGACACAUACAGAACUGAAAAAGUGCUGGGUUUCUACCGAGGGGUGUCGAUGACUGUCAUAACUGCAUCGUUUAUUACAUCGUUCUCUUUUGGCAUCUACAAAAACAUCCUUUAUAACAUCUGCAGAUUUCGAUAUGGCUCUGCAGACACAAAGCCAUCAAAGGUAGACGUGUCUUUUGCGGCAGCUGCUACUGGUGCAAUCCGGGUUGUGCUAAUGUCACCUGCAGAGUUGGCCAAAGUGAGACUACAGAUCCAGAAAGAUCCCUUGGCUAUUCCACCCCACGUCCUGAUCUCCAAGCCUAAGUACCAAGGAGCUGUGCACUGCCUGCGGACCGUCGUGAAGGAGGAAGGUUUCAGGGGUCUAUACAAGGGGUCUUUGGCUCUGAUGUGGAGAGACUGCUGCUCAUCCGUCGUCUAUUUCCUCACCUACAAUGUCCUGUGCGACUGGCUUACUCCAGCGGGAAAAGACAGAGCAGACUUAUGGGCUGUGCUUCUUUCUGGAGGCUGCGCUGGAGUCCUGGCCUGGGGCACGGCCACCCCGAUGGAUGUCAUCAAAUCCCGGAUGCAGGUGGAUGGCGAGGGCCUGCGCAGAUACUCCGGAUUAGUACACUGCGUGAGGGACAGCGUAAGAGAAGAGGGGGUGAGAGUCCUCUUCAAAGGCCUCGGACUAAACUCCAUCCGCGCUUUCCCUGCAAAUAUGAUGGUGUUCUUUACUUACGAAGGUGUGCUUAGGCUAGGCGAACGCUGGAUGAAAUAAAAGGGAGCAUUGCAGCCUUCGCUAGCUGGCAUCCUCGAGAGCAGGGCCGGGGAACCUUUGCCAUCAGAGGGCCACGUACAAACAGGGGUGGGACAACGAAUGCUAAAUUCAUCUUUGUACAGUAGGGUAGUUUCUACACACAGUUGUGCACCCCCUCUCUAUCUUCCACCCAGGCAUUCAAAGGGCAUUAUUAUAAUUGAGGGGGACAUUCCAGCCAGACAAGAACCUUCAAGGACCAGUGAGGGGUGUGACUAGAGAGGGGAGUGGUCUAGAAAGUCUCAAGGGCCAAACAGAGAGGUCUGGAGGGCCACAGUUGCCCCCUGUGCUGGAGGCUCCCCCAUCCCUGCACCUGGAGGACACCAGGAUGGCAAAGGCUGCUUCACUGCAAUAUCAUCUCUCCAAAGCAGUCUUUUCCUUUCGGAAUGCUCAACCGAAUUUCUUUCGAGAAAGCCAUCUGUGCGUUGAGAAAUUAUUAUUAUUUAUUCGAUUUGCAUUGCACUUGCUACAUGUUGUUGUUGUUGUU